ACCAGAACCGGGUUGCAUUCUCAUCUGUAACGCAGGAACGGGACACGAACUGAACCCAGAAUCGCCAUGCAAUCUUACAAGACUUUAACCGUGUUUCUCAGUUUCAUGGGAUGGACGCUGAUCUCUGCCUUCAACCUGGACACGGAGAAUGUUAUCAGGAAAACGGGAGAUCCUAACAGCUUGUUCGGCUUCUCCCUCGCCAUGCACCGACAACUCAAACCAGCCGAUAAAAGAAUGUUGUUGGUUGGUGCCCCAAAAGCUAAAGCAUUGUCCAAACAGAAAUCACAGAUUACUGGAGGCAUGUACAACUGUGACAUAAAUUCUCUCAGCCCUUCAUGCCAGCGAGUGAUGUUUGACAAUGAAGAGAACUUGAGUUCUGAAAAUAAGCAAAACCAAUGGAUGGGAGUUACGGUACAGAGCCAGGGACCUGGAGGAAAGAUAUUGGUCUGUGCUCAUCGCUACCAGCAGCGUUUAUUUGUGGGCUCACCUCAAGAAGUGCGUGAUAUCACAGGCCGUUGCUAUGUACUAAGUCAGGAUCUGACGAUUAACGGCGCCUCAGAAGAAGAUGGAGGGGACUGGAUGUUUUGCAAAGGGAGAAACAGAGGACACGAGCUCUUUGGUUCAUGCCAGCAGGGUCUGUCUGCCACAUUUACAAAGGACUAUCACUAUCUGGUGUUUGGAGCACCGGGUGCUUACAACUGGAAAGGAGUGGUGCGGAUGGAGCAGAAGAACAGCUCUCUGUGGGAAAAGGAGAUCUUUGAUGAUGGCCCAUAUGAGGUUGGAGACGAGAGCAAACUUGACCCAAACCUGGUGCCCGUCCCUGCCAACAGCUAUUUAGGUUUCUCUCUGGACUCUGGUAAAAUGCUGACUAAGAAAGGUCAGUUGACUAUAGUUGCUGGAGCUCCAAGAGCAAAUCACAGUGGGGCAGUUGUUCUACUAAAGAAGGAAUCCAGUAAAACAUCUAUGUUGUCGGCCGAGUACAUCCUAGAGGGUUACGGUCUUGCCUCAUCUUUUGGUUAUGACCUUGCAGUGCUUGACAUCAAUGGAGAUGGGUGGCAGGACAUUGUAGUUGGAGCACCUCAGUACUUUGUUAAAGACAAUGAUAUCGGUGGGGCCAUUUACGUUUACAUUAAUGAGGAAGGGGCUUGGGACCGGAUCAAACCCAAGAGAAUUGAAGGAAGCGCCUAUUCCAUGUUCGGUUUGGCUGUGGAAAACAUGGGCGAUGUGAAUCUGGAUGGAUAUCAUGAUGUUGCUGUUAGUGCUCCAUAUGACAGCAGUGAAGCUGGAAAAGUGUUUAUUUACCACGGCUCACCUACAGGCCUAAAUAAAGCUCAGGUUCUUAAUGGAAAAGAUCACAAUGUCAAACUCUUUGGCUACUCUCUUGCGGGCAGCAUGGAUUUGGAUGGAAACCAUUACCCUGAUCUGGCUAUAGGAUCUCUCUCUGAUUCAGUGUUUGUGUACAGGGCAAGGCCAGUUAUCAGCAUUGAAAAGACUGUCACUACCACACCAAAGGAGCUGGACCUCACUCAGAAAAACUGUGGGGACACUAUAUGCCUUGAAGUGAAAGCCUGCUUUAAAUUUUCAGUCAACCCUAAAACAUAUAAUCCUACACUGAAGGUGGCAUACACUAUGAGGGCUGAAUCUGAAAGAAGGAAACUUAAUCUUCCUUCUAGAGUCACCUUUACCCAGCGCUCACCCAGUGACCUUGAGUAUGAAAGCACAGGGACUAUAGAAUUCAAGGGUCAGGGAACAGAAAACUGCAUUACAAGAGGCCUCAAAUUGCUGGAAAUCCCCAGAGACAAGCUGAGAGGUAUUCCAAUUGAAGUCUCAGUGGCGAUCCUGAACCCAUCCUCACGCAGAAGGAGACAGAAUGCUCUUCCAUCUCUUCUUCCCAUCCUGGACUCGAACCAAGCAGCCACCACUGGCACCAAGGUUAAUUUUAUCAAGGAGGGAUGUGGUACUGACCAUGAUUGUCAGAGUGACCUGCAGCUUAAGUAUAAAUUCCACACCAGGGAACAAAACACAGAUAACUUUCAUCCGUUACCUGAGGAAAAUGGAGUUCCGAUCAUGUCACUUAGCAGUCAAAAGGAAAUUGCCCUAGAAAUCACGGUGACCAAUCAUGGUGAUGCCGCUUAUGAGGCACAGCUGACUGGCUCCUUCCCCAGAUCUGUCUCUUAUUCUGCUGUUCGCACUAAAUCUAGUGACAAACCAGUCACCUGUUUAGCCAAUCUGAAUGGAUCACAAGCUGAUUGUGAACUCGGAAAUCCUUUCAUAAGAGAUGCUGUGACAACAUUUUACAUCAUUCUGAGCACGGGAGGAAUUUCUUUGGAUACCACAGAGAUUGAAAUUGACCUAAAACUCAAAACGACAAGUGAUCAGAAACGGUUAGAAGCAGUGAAAGCCAAAGCCAUUGUUAAGAUCCAGCUUUUGCUGUCCCUAUCAGGGGUAGCAAAUCCUUCUCAGGUUUACUUUACUGGAGAAGUUAAAGGAGAGAGCGCCAUGAAGUUGUCAAGUGAUGUCGGCAGUCCAAUUGACUAUGAAUUCAGGGUUACAAACUUGGGCAAGCCUCUUAAAUCGUUUGGCAUGGCAUCUAUGAUUAUUCAAUGGCCUAAGCAUAACUCUCAAGGGAAGUGGCUACUGUACCUCAUGAAGAUGACCCCAACGGGUUUGGACAGCAUAAGUUGUUCCAAUCAAGACGAGAUCAACCGACUUGGAUUGAAGGAACCUUCAAUGUCACGAGUAAAACGUGAAAUUGGGGAGGAAGCUCCAGCAAAAGAGGGAACAUUCUCCCUUUUAAGUGACAAGAGGAAAUUUAUAGUUUUGUCAUGUGAUGAUGGAGCCCAGUGUGUAACAUUUAAAUGUCCUCUAAUGGGAAUGGACAGUAAUGCUGUCAUUAGUCUGAGAGCUUACCUUUGGAACAGUACCUUCUUGGAGGACUAUGCAAAGAUGAACUACAUCGAUAUCAUUGUUAAGGCAUCACUCGAUUUCAAGUCCUCAGCUACAAAUAUUCAGCUGAAGAAUGAACCUGCACAGGUACGUGUUACUGUGUUUCCGGAGCGUAAAGCAGCACAGUAUGGUGGGAUGCCCUGGUGGGUCAUACUAGUGGCCAUUUUACUAGGACUCCUCUUGCUGGGGCUAUUGGUCUUCCUGCUCUGGAAGUGUGGUUUUUUCGGCAAAAAUGGGAAAGACCCUAACGAACCUGAAAAAGAGAGACUGACUUCAGAUGCGUAGAGAGAAACAGACAGAGAACGAGAGCCUCUCUCUUAGGUGUGGAUUUUUCAAGCGUUCCAAGUAUGACGACAGCGUACCCAGUUAUAAUGCUGUGCGAAUAAAGAGGGAGGAGAGGGAUUAUACACCAGGGAAAGAGGAAAUGGAUCCUUCGGAGAAGAAACAAUGGAUGACUUCUUGGAAUGAGAGCGAGAGCUACUCAUAGCUGUUUGAUAACCUGAUUGAAACCAAACCAAUGACUCCCUUCCUAAGGCCUUUAAUGCUUACUUUUGCACAUACUGAACUGCUUACUUUUUAGAGUCCCAACAAAAAGUGAAAAGAGAACAUUUGCUCUUUUAUUGCCGGGAAAGGGAUUUUAGAGAUUGUAUUACGAAAUGUCUGCUGGAAGUUACAAAUUCAUUAGCAAGGAGGGAAAAAAAGAGGUUUACUUGAGUUUUUCAAAUUUACAUUAACAUAUGCUUCAGUGAACCAGCCCAUUUCCAUUCCUUUGUUUUAUUUCAUUUUUCGUACAUACCACAGUGUAUACUGUAUACGUUUAAUGUAUUUAUUCUCAACAGAUGUUUCUUUUGUAACAAAGACCAAAGAUCUUUUAAUUUGUAUUACUUUGUUUUAUGUACAACAUUCGUGGGUUAAAGGAAGGACUUCUUAAAGAAUAUUCCAGGUUCAAUACAAGUUAAGCUCAAUCAACAGCAUUUAUGGCAUAAUAUUGAUUACCACAAAAGUUAAUUUUGACUUGCCCCUCCUUUUCUUUAAAAAAAGCGAAAUUCUGGGUUCCAGUGAGGCACUUACAGUGGAAGUGAAUGGAGCCAACCUGUAAAUGUUAAAAUGCUCACUGUUUCAAAAGUAUAGACACAAAAUGUAAACAAUGACGAUUUAAACAACUUUACAGCUCAAAUAACACAUGAGUUUUAACAGAAGAAUUAAUGUGUUUUUAUGAAAUUAAAAGCUUAACAUUUCUGCCUUUAAACCCUCCGAAAAUUGGCUCCAUUCACUUCCAUUGUAAGUGCCUCACUGUAACUUCGAUUUUUGCUUUUUUUAAAGAAAAGGCUGAGGAGUCAAAAUUAUCUUUUGUGGUGAUUAACGUUAUGCCACAAAUGCUGUCGAUUGAGCUUAACUUGUAUUGAACCCGGAAUAUUCCUUUAAUGUAUUGGUCCUUAUCUUUUUCUUAUCUUGAUAUCCAACAUAAACUGUCUGGAUGAAUGUAAAUAUUUAUGUGCUUGGAAAUAUGUUUUCUUUUUAUUGUGUUUGCAUAACUGUUAAAAAACAAUCUGGUACAGAUUUUAUUUUGUCAGGCAGGUUUUUGCUGUACUUAAACUGUUACAACUGGGACAGAUUUUAAGAACUACACUGAUAUUUACAGACGCCUGAUAAAGUAUUGGUUGACUGAAAAAAAACUGCCACAAUCCAUUAUCAGCUCAGCAUUUUAAAGUUUUAUUUUCUUUAUUGAAGGCCAUUUAAAAGUAUCUUUUAAUAAAUGUGAAGUUACUUUUGUUUUAUAAAAAUUGUGGCAAAAUAAAUUGUCAAAUAAUGUAAAGUA